CGCACAACCGCGUCAUAUAAAUCCAACGAACUCUGCACGUGUCUACAAUUGAAAGAACUUGGUUCCGUUCAAUCCAACCAGUCAUAUGAUUCCUUUUAUUAAUCCUCAGUCCUUAUUGACGUCCGGCUCGUAACCUUCUUGUCCAUAUCACACCCUCAACGACUUACACACAUAUCGCAUCACACGCUUAUAAGUAUUUAUCAAUGUUCCGUCUACGCCCUGUUAUCUCUGCUCCUCUCAGAGUAGUUUCUCGAUACAACGCUCUGCCUCUCUCAUCACGUCCGCUAGCAGCAUCUCGAUUCAAUACCGCCGCCAUGUCGACCAUCUCAGACGCCAUCACCAAGGACCACCGCGAGUUGGAGCAAUACUACAAUGAAAUCACCAACUCGUCCGACCUCGACCACCAGGAACGGUAUGGCAACCAGUUCACCUGGGAACUUGCCAGGCACUCGGUUGCCGAAGAACUGAUUGUCUAUCCGGCAUUUGAGAAGCACAUGGGUGAGAAGGGCCACAAGAUGGCCGAAGACGACCGCAAGGAUCACCACCGGGUCAAGGAACUGCUCAAGGAGUUUCAAAACAUGAAGCCCUCUCAAAAGGAGUACGUGCCCAAGCUCAAGGAGUUGUGGGGCGUGCUGUCGGCGCACAUCGAGGAGGAAGAGAAGCAGGACCUUCCGGCGCUGGAAUCGUCCCUGCGGUCCAUGCCGGGCGAGUCCGAGAACAUGGCCAAGAAGUUUGGCCUGACCAAGGCCUUUGUGCCCUCGCGUAGCCACCCGAGCGCGGGCGAGAACCCCUAUUUCGAGUCGGCCAUGGGCAUGCUGGCCGCGCCCAUUGACCAUAUUGCGGACAUCUUCCGCAAGUUCCCCGAGAAUAAGAUCAGUCCUAACCCGAGCACGAAGUAAAUGGAUGGGAUCAAGGGGAUGAUAAGCAUUGAGGGUUAUUUAGCACUGGUACUUCUCAUUAUAUAACAAAUAAUGACAACCUGUAAUGACAGCUUCAGCUUGUAAAGAAGGUGGCUUUGGUGAUUUUCCAUCCACUUAUUGUUGUACAUUGUGAUAAUUGUUAUUGAACGCCUAGGGUCAACUGAUAGGAGUGUGAUGCCCGCAAACCGCUUUCUCUGUUGGUUACAUCAUGAUCUUAUUGCAAAUCAAGCAGAAGUCCCCGGACUACAGCCUCUCGAGACUUGAGCUGC